ACUUAAUGUCGCUAGUAAACCAUAAAAUAGCAGCCGACGUAGAAGUUGGGAAGGAAUAAGGGAUUAAGGAUUGGAGCUGUAUUUCUCCACUAUCUCCACUAAACAAACACCCCUACAAGUCUCCCCUUUAGCGCGUAAACGGCGUAAACGGCACACCCCCGGACCAUUCCCAUUUCUACCAGUCGGCGGCAUCUGGUGCGACCCUUCUCUUCUUAUGAUGGCCAUUGGCUAUCAAAUAAUUCUAGGCUUCAUGCCGCGUCGAAAUAUCUUCCUCCCGACCAUCUGCAUUGUCCUUCUCAUCGCAGCAUGGACUUUCCGUGCCCCUCGGCCGUCUAUCGACAGAUGGCUUGACACCUCUUCCAUACGGGGUCCUACCUCGUCGUCGCCGUCCUCUCCCCUCGCUCCCCCGAACCCAUCCCAUAACAACAUCGACCUAUCAACACCCGAUGCUCCCUUCGUCGGCUGGCCCCUACAAAGAGUAUGCAAGGAAGCCACAUGGGUAGAGGGGCUAGUGUACAUAUGCGAUAACAACUCUGGAGGAAUCGGUAAUAUCAGGAAUUAUAUCCAGACCUGCAUACGAUAUGGACUUGAAGCUGGCGCGACUGGUCUCGUCGUACCUAAAAUUCGGAAGCGCAACGAUACAGAUCUAGCCGACCUUUUCACCGAUUACCUACCGUUUGAUUACAUGUUUGACGAGAAGCACUUCAAAGAUGCCUUUACUACCAACUGCCCUCAGAUCACCCUCUACGACGAUAUCAAAGACAUACCUAACAUAGGAAAUAAGCCUAACAUUGAACACAUCACACCAAAGAAGUUUGGAAACCGCGAUGGUUGCGACUGGAGGGAUCAGAAUCGUCAUACGGACCGUUUCGGCGAGAGAUUUCGCAGAUGGCUGAACGACCCUAAGAGCGGUCGACCAUCACCGUCCCCGGACCGUCCACGGCUUAUCCGUUUUAACUGGGGUGUGCUAUGGGAUUGGCAAAUUUACCGCGAUGGACCCGAAUUCGCGAACACCUUCGGUGGUAUUCUAAAAUUCAACGACCAGCUACAACGUCUAGGAGAAAGAACAUUGAAGAAGAUGCGCUCUUACGCGCAAGCGAAUGGAGUCAAGGAUGGCAAGUUCCUAGGUGUCCAUUUGCGAACGGAAAGCGACGCCCUGGGUUUCUGGCCGACGUAUAACACCCAAUCCGAGGCUUAUCUCAAGCAAGCCACUAAGCGAGGCUUCGAGGCAGCCUACAUAGCUACAGGGGACGCUCUAGAGGCGCAGAAUUUCGCAGGUGCUGCCAUCGAGAUGGCACAGAUGAGGGUGGUCAGCAAAACAGAUCUACUCCAAGGCGAGGACCUCGAAGAGCUUGAGUCGUUGAGCUGGGAUCAACAGGCUCUGAUUGAUUUCAUCGUAUUACUGGGGAGUGACUUCUUCGUGGGCACGAUGCCGAGUAGCUUCUCGAUCUACAUGGCUAUGAAACGACAUUUGAAGACGGAAGGUCUAUACUCAAGACCGUACAAGGUGGGGUCAGAAGGGGAUGGGCUCUCGUAUCUCGUAGGUAACUACGAAAAGUACUGGGAAGGCUGGCUCUUCAUGUGGGACGGAAUGUGGCCUUGAGACGAUGUUGCUUGUUUUACAAUGAUAUCCCUUUUAGACUUCGAGGAGUAUGAAAUUAGUACCACGGGUACAUGUACCAUUAGAGCUGUAUUCUAACUGGAGCGGAAUGAGUUUGCUACUUGACUUGAUAUAUGACCCCUAUUCUCGUGGGUUUCGCGUUUAAGCCCUUAUACAAAAAGUUGAUUGCUUUAAGCAUUAGCGCGAUGCAGAGCUGUGUCACUAUGUAUACCUAGGUAUGUACUAACUAUAUAUAGCGGGGUAUGCAUAAAUCAUCUUUCGCAGGUA